UCACGUAAGAAGUCCCGGAUAAACAAAUGGAAAACCAACAGCUGCUGCUGAUAAUAUAGAAAAUGUCACAGUUACCUAACACUGGGAACAAUUGAAGCAUUCUGUGUGCAAACAUAAAUAUUUUGGAGUAUGAUGGAAGAAACGACUCUACCGGCGGAGGAACCCGAGGAAUAUGACUAUGACAGUUUCGAUGAACAGUUAGACGAUCGUCCUACAGAAAGAUGGGCUCCAUUAGGACAAGCCACAAGUCCAGCCCCAUCAAGAAUGGAACUUAACCAUGAAAGUCACAUGGAAGAGUUAGAUCGACUAGAAAAAGAACAGGAGCAGCUGAAUUCUUCCCUUCUUGCCCUCACUACACAUUUUGCUCAGGUUCAGUUCCGACUGAAGCAAAUAGUGAACUCAGAGCCAGACCAAAAAGAGGUUUUAUUAAAGGAAUUAGAAGAAUUUGCUUUUAAAGGGAUUCCAGAUGUAAGGGGAAGUCGAGUACAGGAUGCACAGAUCUUGGAAGAAAGGAGUGACAAAGAACAUGAAGAUAAAAUAAAUGAACAAAGAGAGAAACAGAGAGAAUUAAUUCAGCAGCUGAAAUCACAGCUUGAGGAUCUAGAAAACUAUGCAUAUGAGACAGGAGAUGUUGAAGAACUGCCCACUAAUAAGAUGAUGGAAAAACAGAGGGUUGUUAUUGACGAACUGAAGACCAAACUGGACCUCAAUAUGGAGAAUUUUGACAAACUCAGCACAGAGGACUUGAAAAAUGUAGUGGAUCAUGCUAUAGGACAGAUUGUAAACCCUGCCAAGGUUAAAGAAAAGCUUGUAGGUCAGCUAAGAACUCAGGUGGUGGAUCUAGAGAGGUUUAUUGCUUUCCUGCAAGGAGAAGCUAGCAGCCCAGGACCUCUAGGGAAAGAGAGAUGCACUUGUCCGGUACAUAAGUUUCCGGAUGACAGUUCAGAUACCUCAAAAGACUGCUGUUCAGGAUUACCUCACGGUCAGAAUCGUCGCCUGAAGGAGAAAGCCGAAAGGGAAAAGAAUGUCAAGGACACACAGGCCUUUAUUAAGAAGACAUUAACCAUAUUACAGAUGUUCAUCAUAACACAGUUUGGAUGUGGGACAGGAGAAUUUAAGAAAAACAUGAUGAAAAAGACCACAAAGGGAAAUCACUGGGGGGACCUUAGAGCAAGGUUAGAAUUGGCCAUCAACAAGACAUUAGAACUGUCGCAAAAGCAAGACGAGGAUCCAAAAGAUGACCAGAGUGAAUACGGAAGUGAUUCAGAAGAGAGCCAGGAGCAAAGUAGCCCCGCCCUCACUCAGUGUGUGAGGAAGGAUCUAGCAAUGGCGAUACGGGACCUAAUGCAACACGGACUCAUGGAGGUCGGACAGAGUAAGAGCUUGGUGCCUUUCGGCUGUAUCCCCAACAGAUCAGCUGCCAUCACACACUCUCUUCAUGCCUGGGAUUUACUUCUAAAGUUUUAUGACAUGAAGCACGGCAGACAAUACAAUGAGUCCCCAGCCAGAAAGUUGUCCCAGUCCUUUCACUUGGAGAUGGUUGGAGGGAAGCCCAUUACAGCCAAACAAACCUUACUAGGGGCCAUAGACACGGUCAUCUCUUCACACACCCCACUCAAACGCUCAGAAGAUUCUCAUUUUAAAGCUUUCAUCUCCUUGGCUCUGAAUGAGAAGAAGUUGGUGGUCUGGUUUAAGCUACUUUUUCGCACUCAGACUCUGAUAGACAGCUACUACCAGGACUGGAGCUAUGUGGCCAGAACAGGGUUUGAUGACGCUCUGAAGUCUCUGGACAAGCUGAACAGCAUUCCUUUUAAACUUCCUGUUGACCUUGCAGUACGACCUUUCAGUAAUAUCAAGGAUGCAUUCUGACAUUCUUCGGUAUAAAGACAAUAUUGGUGGACUCAACAGGGGUAUUGACCCUAGGAUUCA